CUGUAAUCUGAGAAGACGCCUUUUUUCCUGGGAAAUAAUAAGGCAGGACGUCUAUUGUGAGCUCAGUUAUAGGAUGUGUAGCUGACUAAGGUCCUUACACCCAAAGACAACUGGAGGUCUGACCAUCACUAGAAGCAUUUGGAGCCGCUUGAUCACAUCCCAGUUGUCAGAGGGGCUGACUGCUUCCAUGGUUGAGAAUCUUGUACUUUCGGGAUGACGUUCUGCACAUUGUCUAACCUAAGGACAGUAGCAGGAGUCUGUGUAUUCCUGGCAGUAUGUGUUACAAUUGCUGCACUUUGUCUGACUUUGGGGAAGUCACCCAUAAAAGAUUCAAAGGCUACAUUCAACACCGGAGGAGACAUGUUGGACUUUCUCCAGGAACAGGGGGACAUCACAGCUAAGGACGGACUGCUAGUCACCUGGUAUCAUGCAGCCAAUAGCAAGAACCAGAUGCAAGAAGCGCUAAACAGUGACAUCAUGGUUCUGGAAGCAGACGUCAAUGUGGAGGGACUCGGAACAGCCAAUCAGACCAAUAUUCCUAUCAUGGCACACCCCCCAGAUAUAUAUAGUGACAACACCCUAGAGGAAUGGCUGAAUUCUGUGCUUCAGUCCACAAAAGGCAUCAAGCUGGACUUUAAGAGUAUCCAGGUUGUCAGCCCAUCACUUGAUUUACUGUCCGCAAAGUCUUCCCAGAUACCCAUUGAUCGCCCUGUAUGGCUAAACGCAGACAUCGUGAGUGGGCCCAAUGUCAACCAUGAAAUCGGGGUGAAUGCAACCCAGUUUCUACAGUUAGUCCAAGAGAAGUUCCCAGAUGUCACCAUUUCCCCAGGCUGGGUAACAUUGUACUUGCCACCCAUCAUCUCAAACAGAACUUACACAAAGGAAAUGAUAGAGACAAUGUACAGCCUCGUGAAAGACCUGCCCCAGAGGAUAACUUUCCCGGUUCGUGCUGUGUUGGCUCGCACCGCUUGGACGCACUUCCACUGGCUCCUGAAGCAGUCAAACCGGUACAGCCUGACUUUAUGGCAGGGGACUACAGACCCGCUUGCCCUGGACGACCUUUUGUUCAUCCGAGAUAACAGUGAUCCGCAGGAGAUCUAUUAUGACAUUUAUGAUCCCUUGUUAUCAGACUUCAAACAAAUAGCCUUGAAUCCAAACAGGAAGAAACUGUUCUAUUCUGGGGGCAGCCUCCGGAUGUACUUUCACCCAGAUGAUGAUGAUGGAAUUAUGCUGAAAUGGUUUGAUCCAGAGGCCGACAUCCCCACCGUACAGAGUCUUCUGCAAAGCAGUUUUGGAAUGCUCACUUUCCAAGUAGAACUCCAAUCUAUCAACAUGUUUCCUGUCCCAAUGGUGAUCUUUGCAAAGUCAACAGCUAGGUUUCCACUGGAAGACUGUCUGAAGUUGGUUUCUAACAGUGUUAACCCAUGGGGGGUUUUCCUUAAACUAAAAGAUCCUGCUUCUCUCAAUGAGACGCUCUACGUCCUGAAGAGGCUGAAUGAUCAGAAAUCUCUGUAUUUUCCAGUAUGGAUCAGCAUGGACGUGUCAUAUGGGAGCUUCAGUACCUUUGGGUAUAUUCCAGGUGAAGAUUUCAUCAGUAGCAUCAAUGCCAUCUACCCUGCAGUUACACUUGCCCCCAGAUGGCCUGUAGAACAGCUGGAGAAAGGCUAUACAGAGCCUAUGGUGAAGGAUAUGCUUGAACUCUUCCAGGGAGCCCAGCAGGAAGUCUCAUUCCAGCUCCAGGCAGUUGCCUUGGGUAGGGCUUGGCUGAGCACACAGAGUCUAAUGAAGGCUUCACCUAUGUACACGUUGACUGUGGAGCACACCACUGAGGACGGACCAUUCUUAAAUGGGUACCAUGGACUGAUGACCAUAAGAACACACACAAAAAAUGGGGUCUACUACAAACUACCACCAGAUUAUCGAUAUUCCUUCAUGACGAGCAUCUACAGCUCUUAGAUAAAGACCACAGAAUUCCUGCGCCGGAUGCAAAUAAUUGUGGGAGCAAUUGGAAUCCUAUAGACUUUCUUUCUUAAUUACCUCAUGAAAGAUUUCCAAAAUCUUGUAGUUGAAUACACUUUGUUUCAGAAAUCCUGUUUUUACCUUGUAGGGAGAUAGCAUCAUGUCACGGAAACAGGUUUGGGUUUGGUGCAUUGCCUUUGAUGAUUUCAGGACAGACGUUCAAGAUGAGCAGCAAUCUGGCCAGCCAAGCAUGUCUACCACAUGCAGUGCCUCAAACUCAAACCUGCUUCCAUCACAUGAUGUUAUCACCGUACACCUCGACAAGUUGGUGAUGAAUUUCAGCUGCUGAUGUGACCAUUAGAUGCAGAAAUCACACUACACACCUCAAUGUUUGACCAUGUUCUACCAGCCCCGCCAUCUUACAGUUGAUGUUGGGUCAGUAUGACGGAUAUGAGGCACAGUCUUAUGGCCUUGAGGGGAAGCAGUGGCCUACCUGCUCUGGCCUGGUGUGAAAUUAGAAUGACAGAGACAUUACACAUGUGAGAGGUCUUGUUACCUCACUUAUUUACUACCCUCAUAAAGUAAAAUCUAGAUCGGUCUUAACGUGAUUGGUACCUUAAGAAACUCUAUGCAAUGAAAAUAGUCCAGUGAAUUCUGUAUAGUCUAUUAUGUGACAUGUAGUAUCCUUGUUCUCUGAUUACACAUUACAGAACUACGUACUGUACAUUGGGCCUAACUCAUGUUUUUAAUGCCGGUGUUUUCGCAACAGAGUGAUUCUCAGCAGACUGCAUAUCGUACGGCGCACACGCCAAGGUACCUUGCAAGGAACCGACAUUUUAUACGCAGAAUGAUUGACAGGAAGGAACCAUGGGGGAGGUAUGGGGGGAGUGGAGGCAAAAACGCAAACAUAUCACGGUCAUUUUCAAGGCGUGUAUCUGCCUUCAGCUACAAUUAUGGUGGUCAUUCCGAGUUGAUCGCUAGCUGCACUUCUGCGCAUGCGUAUGCGGCGCAAUGCCAUGCGCAACGUACUUUUACAACGGCCGAUGUAGUUUCACACAGGGUCUAGCGAUGCUUCUCAGUUGCACAGGCAGCCGCAGAGUGAUUGACAUGAAGUGGGCGUUUCUGGGUGUCAACUGACCGUUUUCAGGGAGUGUUCGUAAAAACGCAGGUGUGCCAGGAAAAACGCAGGUGUGGCUGGGCGAACGCAGGGCGUGUUUGUGACGUCAAAACAGGAACUGAACAGUCUGGAGUGAUCGCAAGCGCUGAGUAGGUUUAGAGCUACUCUAAAACUGCACAAAAAAACUUUGCCGCUGCUCUGCGAUCCUUUCGUUCACACUUCUGCUAAGCUAAAAUACACUCUAGCUAAAAACAGCUAGCGAGCGGAAAACUGGAAUGACCACCUAUAUACAUAGAGUAACAUGACACCAGCGUCAGUACUACCAUGGCCUGUCUGCAUAGCCCUAGGAGUUGAUGAUCCUUGUUAUAUCGUCGCGGCUGGGUAUGAAUACGCAAUUGCAGAGGACUAUGCGAUGGCCCUGGUGGGUGUCUAUCUUAUUUCCUGGGCGGCAGCGUCACUUGCGAUGAUUAGCUGUUCCGUAACCUAGAAAAACGCAGCUGCGUAUCCAUUUGUGUACAAACAUAAAUUAGGCCUAUUGUUCCAGCCAUCUCUCACUUGCAUGCUAGAACUUGUAGUUUCAGAAUACCUAAAGAGACACAGAGUACUUUUCAAUGUUUUAUAUUGUACUGUAUAUGUAUAGGAAAAUAUGGAUGCUCUUAUAAUAAUGGAUGGUAAAGAUCUGCUAAAUCAUGAUUAAAUAGUCGUAAUACAAAAAUA